AUGCCAAUCGCUCUCCACAAAGUACAAAAGAAAAUCAAGGCCAAGAAAGAUGGGAAGCUAGAUUCCCUCGGUCGCCGUGAUUCGAAAAAGCUCAGCCGAGCAACUCUCCGGGACGAAAAGUUAAAAAAGCUAGGAUCAGCAAGAUCCAAGUUGAAGGAACUUGAGCUUAUCCGUGUGGGAUACUUUAAAGUGGCGACAAAAGAUGUGAAGGCACCAUUGAGUACACAAGAAAUCCGGGACUUGAUAGAGAAGUGGGUGCACCGCGAUGAUGAAGAGUUAUUCGAAAUGCGGAGUGAGCGUCGCCCUGGACGACCCCCAUCGACGAAGGAAGAUCUUUUGAAGCAACGGAUUGAUCGCGAAAUUGAAGAGUUCAAGACGGGCUUUUACAUUCCAGACUUGCAAAAUUCUGAAAACAUUGAGCGACUACGACGGUGGGACGGAACUGUGGGCUCUCUGGCACAGGUCAAGUUCACAAGGAUACCCAAAGAAGAUGCAUCGAGGAAAAUCAAUUGA